UAUAGCAUACGCUAAAGCGAAUCAAAACUGACACUCGGACACCCGUAUUCAUCGAAGCGAAGACAGGGAGACAUUCCAGGCACUGGACUUUGGUGCCUACGUCGACUUCAAAUGUUUGAGCAACGAGGCAAGGCAACGAAAAAUUCCUCAGCCGGCGCGGCGCUGCGCAACGCCACCGCCAUGCAGGAGGCAUUCCAGACCAUAGCGAACAACGAACGCGCAGCUGGUUGCUGCAUUGCUGAACCCCUCUGCCCGCCGCCGCGCUCCCGCCCCGGCUCCUGCCCCGGCUCGCCCUGUCGCCAACUUGUUUUCGCGUGCGCGGUCGCCCUCGCUCUCCUACGUGCUCCUAGUCAUUUUACCGAAAUUGAGCGUGAGCGAGAGAAGAAACGCCGCAAGUUCCGUUUUCGCCGCUAUAAUAACAAUUCCGGGAUCUUAAUCAUCACGAUCCCAACCGCACUACACGAGGCCCUUCAUCUAGGACUAUAUGAUCAGUAUCGUGAACAGCUUGUCCAGAAUGGUAAGGGGAGAAGUUGGAUAUCAAUAGGUCCUACGAUACUUCGAUAACAAGGCUAUCCUGGAGAAGACGGCGGAGAAGGCGAUUCGACAGGCGGUCCAGAGCCGGAACGUGUAGGAAUAGGCAAGAAAAAAAAGCUAUGGACCCCUCCGACCUCACCUUCAUCAUCUCAGCCGUCAACGACACCGCCAACAUCACCGCCGUCGUCGUCGCCACUAUCACCAUCACCAUUACCACCACCGCUACGGAGACCGCUACGGCCACGGCGGGGGCGACG